AUGGCCACAUCCACCAUGUCCGUCUGCUCCAGCAACCUGAGCUAUGGCAGCCGGGUCUGCCUGCCCGAUUCCUGUGAUUCUUGGCAGGUGGAUGACUGUCCAGAGAGCUGCUGUGAGCCACCCUGCUGCACCCCCAGCUGCUGUGCCCCAACCCCCUGCCUGACCCUGGUCUGCAGCCCAGUGAGCUGUGUGUCCAGCUCCUGCCAACCAGUCUGCACCAGCUCCUGCACACCCUCAUGCUGCCAGCAGUCUAGCUGCCAGCCAGCUUGCUGCACCCCGUCCCCCUGCCAGCCGGCCUGCUGUGUGCCCAUGAGCUGCAAGCCUGUGUGCUGUGUGCCCGUCUGCCCUGGAGAUUCCUCUUCAUGCUGCCAGCAGACUAGCUGUCCGCCGACUUGCUGCACUCCCAGCUGCUGCGUCCCAGCCCCCUCUCUGACCCUGGUCUGCAGCCCAGUGAGCUGUGUGUCCAGCCCCUGCCAACCAGUCUGCACCAGCUCCUGCACACCCUCAUGCUGCCAGCAGUCUAGCUGCCAGCCAGCUUGCUGCACCCCGUCCCCUUGCCAGCAGGCCUGCUGUGUGCCUGUCUGUUGCAAGCCUGUGUGUUGCAAGCCUGUGUGCUGUGUGCCCGUCUGCCCUGGGGUCACCCCCUGCCCAGCCGCCUCGUGCUGCCAGCCCAGCCCCUGCCCCUCCUCCUGCUGCAGACCCUCCUCCUGUGUGUCCCUCCUCUGCCAACCUGUCUGCAGACCUGCCUGCUGUGUCUCCACCUCCUCCUGCCAGCCCUGCUGCCCCCGCCCAGCCUCCUGCGUGUCCCUCCUCUGCCGCCCCACCUGUCCCCGCCCAGCUUGCUGUGGCCUUUCCUUGGGCCAGAAGUCUAGCUGCUGA